GACGACGGUCUGACGGAUAUCAAUUUUCCCAUAUUCGUAAAGAAAAAGGGCCUUAUAAAACCAAACGCUCCCCUUCCCUACGAGGCCGCUCACUCUCUAGGGUUUUUAUUUCUCUCUUCUCUCUGCAUCGCUUCAGGUUCUUCUGAAAAGAUGUCUCGCGUGUAUGUUGGUAACUUGGAUUCACGAGUCACCGAGAGAGAUCUCGAAGACGAAUUCCGUGUUUUCGGAGUUAUUCGGAGUGUUUGGGUUGCACGUAGACCACCUGGUUAUGCUUUUAUUGACUUUGAUGACCGCAGAGAUGCACAGGAUGCUAUCCGUGAAUUGGAUGGCAAGAAUGGUUGGAGGGUUGAGCUUUCUCACAACUCUAGAGGUGGAGGUGGUGGUCGUGGUGGUCGCUCUGGUGGUUCUGAUUUGAAAUGUUACGAGUGUGGUGAACCUGGUCAUUUUGCUCGUGAAUGUCGCAUGCGUGGUGGUUCAGGAAGACGCCGUAGCCGUAGUCCACCCAGAUUCCGUAGGAGCCCAAGUUAUGGGCGAAGGAGUUACAGUCCUCGUGGGCGGUCCCCUAGGCGCCGUAGUUUGUCACCUCGUGGACGUAGCUACAGCAGGUCACCUCCUUAUCGUGGGCGUGAGGAGGUCCCAUAUGCUAAUGGAAAUGGCCUUAGGGAACGACGCAGAAGCAGAAGUUGAUUUUGAGACUUGGUAUCUGUGAUUGUUAAGAGAAUAGUGAGAUUUUGUUAAUCUAUAGUGGUGCUUAGACUGAAGUAUGAGUCUAUUUUGUUGGGCAAGGCCCUGAGUUUCUACUCUUGGAUUGUAUUCGUUAGUUUCUUUAUGUCAAAGCUUGUGUUUAAUUUAUUUGCAGAAUACUUGUAGUUUCAUUGCAGGUAAUGAUCUUGUUAAGGUUGUUGCUACUAGUAUGUUAAAUAGAGUUCCAGAUCUUUGCAGAAUACUUGUAGUUUCAUUGCAGACUGAAGUAUAUGCUUUUCUUCUCUUUUGAGA